UGUCCCUAAUCAGUUAUUCACUUGUAUUGUUGUACCUAUUAUUUGCAAUUGCAAAUACUUUGCCGAAACCCUAAACUCUAAAAUUUAUUCUUGUUUAUUUCACCUUUGUGGCAUAAUUUAAUUGUUCUUUAUUAUCUUUUAGUAUCAUCAGAGUGAAUUUGUCAAAAGAUGGAGAAACCUACAAUAAUUAUAGAUCAGCCUCCUCCAUAUUCUGCCUCUGUACCUCAAGGUCAGCAAAGUAAUCCAUACAAUCAACCACCGCCAGGCCCUCAGGCACCUCAAGCAGGACAGUAUCCUCCUCCUCCCCCAGGGUACACGCCUUAUAACGCACCACCACCCGGACCCACAUACUUGCCAAACUACGGCGCCACAAACGUCAUUAUAACACCACCAAUCAUCGCAGUCGGAGCUUGCCCUGCCUGUCGCAUCGGCAUCCUCGAAGAUGAUUUCACAUGCCUCGGAAUUCUGUGUGCCAUCCUUUUCUUCCCACUUGGAAUCCUGUGCUGUCUCGCUCUUAAAAACCGAAGGUGCUCAAACUGCGGCGCCAUGUUUGGAUAGAGUGGGUAUAUUUUUCACUUUACAAAUGCGAUUUCCACAAUGAUAGCGUCCACUGUAAUUUAUAAGACUUAAAUACAGAGUUACUUGAUAAGUGUAAUCUGUGUGACAGUUAUGACUGAAAAAUUACUUCUCAAACAAAAAACUUGAUGUUCAAAACUUUUAUGGUUAUCUAUAGCGAAUAUCACCCUAGUCUUGAAAACAAAAGGUGCCAGAGCAUACGAAAAAUGUCAAUUAGGAAAUUUAAGAGAACUUUAAACAAUUUUUGAAGGUUUACUUUAUUUUUUAGGUGACACAAUACGACUAGCGUGUUAUCUCUGCUUAUGCCAAAGCGUAAGCUUUAAUUACUUCAUCAUUAACCGGUGUAUGGUUUUGUUCUUUUUUUUUUACUGUCGUUAGAUAUAAAAAUGUAUUCCGUAUCAAAGCAGCUACGGUGUUAGCAUCAUACAUUGAUAAUGUAAGGGAGGUUUUAACUGCUAUAAAGUGAAACUUAUUGUUUUUUUUUUUAAUUUAGAAAAUCUUUAUUGACUUUGUGCAAUAUUGAUUUAUUCUGUGAAAUCAGUGACAGUUCUCCAUUUUAUUUUAUUAAAUCUAUCCAUAGAGAAUGAUCAAUUGAGAAUGUUAUUAAAAUAAUAUGGAUAUUAUUUAAUUACAAAAGGGAUAAGUUCUGCUUCAUAAUUUUUAAAAAUAAAUUAUGUUACUGGCCAAAAAUAUUAUAAAAGGAAGUAAGUUCCUUCUAAAAUGAAAUUAUUUUUAUUAUAAUAGUUGCCUAUUUUUUUUUAAAGUAAUGGUAUUAGAUUUAGAGAAAUAGUUAUGAAAUGCAAUAAAUAGUUCUUCCUUGUAGUAAGAAAACACUAGCACUCAAAUAUUAUAAUGUCUCAAAAUAAGUUAUGAUAUAAUAUAUAAAUUCAAUUUGAAUGUCAGCUAUUUUACAUUAAUUGAACGUAAUUCCAGAAAAACAUUCCAAACCACAAUCAUGUCAAAAUUAUUUGAUUCAUAUUAACGGACUCACAAAAAAUGGCAGCCCUACUGUCACUCUUUAAAUGACAUCAUGACAUAGUAGACCAACCCACAUGUAUGGAAUACACUGAUAUUGAUUAAACUUUAAACACGAAUUCCUUAAAAUGUGAUGUUUGUGGCUUGGAACGUUUUUCAGGAACUACAUCCAAUUGAACAAUGUUCCUACAUAAGAAACAGUUAACAGAAAAAUUAUAACAUCUUACAUUUGAGCCUUGAAAUACUGUCUGCCAUUUCAAUCAUAAGAAAAAUUAAGGUUAGAAUAAUAAUUGUAAGUUUAGAUUAGGAUCUCCUUUGUUCCCAUACUUUGAAUAAUUCUUUCGUUAUAAUUAAGUGUUAACAACAUGAAUGUAUUCCAAUAUUCUAAAGAAUUAACAUCUUAAAUUACUGUUUUAUAUAAAUUUACAAGAAUCACUGUGACACAUUAAUUCUAAAAACAUACCCAGAACUUAUACACUUAAGAUUGUAAUUACGUUAACAUAUUUUACGUUUCCUUUAAGUAGUAACGUUAAUAUAUUUUACAUUUUCUUUAAUUAUUUUGAAUUAAACUGUACCAAUGUCAAACAUUCGCUGCCCGCGGGGAGUUAUGUGACGUGUCAGCGUUCUAUUUUGCAGUUGUGGGCUUCUCGGGUCCUAUAGUAACUCUUGAAGGCGAGUGUUUCACAUUAGUAUAACUAAUUGUAGUCUACUCGUCUUGGGUCUUAUUCUAUAACAAUAUCCCUGCCUUCCAUGUACUGACAAAGGUAAGAUAAAGACUAUGGGCCUUACAAAUAAACUUGGUAUAAAGUUAUACUUGAGAAUAAACCAAGAAUAUUCAAAAUGUUGACGAUAUCGCUGACAACACUGUCAGUAAAAUUCUGAAGUUUUCAGUAUGGCAGGCAACCUUGCAAAUAAACGCGGGAAACGUUAUACGUCCGAGAAAACCGAUCACAAGCAAAAAUAUCUAUUUGCAAACAUUUCGCAUACUCUUGGUUUAUUUAUUAAUAACACAGGUUGGGUUCAAAGUUUGAGUUACUUAAACAUUUAAAGCUGUUUAAGUGUGAGGAAAAACUCACACAAUAAUAAAAUUAUUAUGGCAGCUUAUAUUACGUUUUAGAAUUUGGCCCUAUUGUUAUUGAGGAAGUAGAGAAAAUAAAACAGGUUUUAAAUAAAGGUGCCUCAUAUAUUGUCUUUAUUAUUAUAUUGUUAAAAUAUAAAGAAAUUAUAAUUAUUAUGUACGUAAUGUAAAUUUUUAAAUAAACUUAUUAUAUAAUAUA